AUGGAAAAUAUAUGCUAUCGCUGUUCCAUAUCUGGAGAAUCGCUAAGCGAUCAUGCGUACCUAUUUUUCGACGGAUAUUUUUUAAACGACUUUAACCAUGGCACACCAGACGUGAAAGCAAACCAAAAGAGUAACAUCUUUUUAGACAAUGAUAAAAAAUGGUUCUCAAAAUAUAUAGCGGAUCAGCUUAAAAAGACGAAAGAAGGAGACCUGCAAAAUGUGUAUAAGAAGGUGUACACGAAUUUAUACCUAUGCAAAAUGUGCAACGGGCUACACAAUAUCGAUUUGAUACUUCUCUACAAUAAAAAUAGUUGUUUCCAUCAGGAAGUGUUAAAGGAAAAUUUCCCUAUCAGCGCAGAAGAGGAAAAAAAUAUGAACAGUGUAUUUAAUAGCAUAAAAAAUGUACUUCACCUUCUGAACAAUAUUGAUAUAGUUUUUUUCUUCCUCUACUUACACAAAACGAAGCAAAUUUCCUGCGAAGCGGAAAAUGUUACCCAUGACACAUUUCACAAUAAUUUUGAACGUAUAAAAAAGUACAUUUUAAUACCUCCCAAAAGAGGAAGCAAUAAUAUUUCAAAUAAACAAAUCCAAAAGACGUUUGCAUAUUUUUUGAUUUAUUUUUACAUAACAUUUUACCGUAAAAUAUGUGAUAGUGUGUCCCUAAGUGUAGCCCAAACUGAAUUCGUCAUCAAUUUGUACAAACAAGCUGUGUUAAUUUUUAAUGCUAAUACAGGUGAACACAAAACGGUAAAAAUAAGUCAGUCGUCCGAAAAAGCGCUUAAAAGUAACCGUCAAAAAUAUCUCCUCUACAAUAAAAAAAGGAAAAUAAUAAAUGAGAGCGGUGGGGAUAAAGAAAAUGCAAUAUUGCACAAUGACGAGGUUGACAAGGAUGACGAAAAUGACGAUAGUGAUGAUAAUGACGACUUUGCCAAAAAUGAGGAAGAAACUGAAGAGGUAGAAAAAAAAACGAAUGCCACAAUUCCAACCCUCGACGUGUACAUAUCGAUUAACAACUUAUGCGUUUGUGGCUACUACAAUAAAUAUAACAAAGAAAUGUCUCAAACCAAGUGGUUCAUAAAUAAUGAGUCCCAAAGUGCAUUAUCCGUGGAGGAAUGCAUUUAUCACAUUUUUAAAAAAACGUUCCAAUCGGCUGGUCAGGUAUUUAUGGCGUCCGGAAGGGAAGACAAAGAUGUGCGAAUGAUGAACAUAGGGAGACCCUUCCUCUUUGUCCUGAAGGAAACUAAAUUCUCCUUCUUAAAUUUUUACCUCCUCUUUAGUAACUUAAAAAGGUUGGAAUUAACUGACAGUGCUAGUGGUAACUCCGCCGAAAUUAAAACAAUAGAUCAGAUAAAUCUCUUUCUUCAACAAGGAAACUGUGCAGAUGACAAUUCUGUAAGAGACCAUGUGUCCACAUUGAACGAGGAGAAUUCCCCCCAGCAGAGAAUUAACGACUGCUAUGCACUGAUAAACAAAAAAGACACAAUUUCUUUGUACGAUUUAGAAUCCCAUAAAGUUCUUGCAGAACAAACAAAGGAUAAAACGGUGGAGGAACAGAAGAUACACAGCUUGAACAUUUCGCGUAACUACAAUAAAGAGCUGGAAGUGCUACUCUUGGAUGAAUCCAUCGGGGCGAACGAACUGGGAAAUUAUAAUCCAAUUGGGAAAAAAGAUCCUAUUAACCCAAAUGAUGCUAAGGAAAACUCCCAAAAUGGAAGUUGUGACCAUCUUAACGGAUAUGUCCCCCCAAACAGAAUGGCCAAUUUUGACAUCGUAAAAAAAAACAUCCCACAGAAUGCCAAUCAAGACUAUAAUAUCAACAACCUUGUGGACGUAAAAUUCAGCAACAUUUCCUUUAGCACAAAUUAUACCUUGAUAAAAAAAAUUAUGAAGUACGGUGAAGAGAGGAAAAAGGCCUAUAAAUGCAUUAUAUACCACUCCUCCCCAAUGACUAAAGAAAAAAUACAAAAAAUAAAUCAAGACGUUUUAAAUUAUGAUAAAAACGACAGUUGUGUAAUUAACGUAAUACAAAAAACUCCAAUAAGGGUACUCCACAGAAGGAGUCUACUAAAACGGGAAAGGAAAAUUUUUGAAUUCAAUCUCGUUUUCAUUCAUGAACAUUUUUCUUUAUUAUAUUUAUUGGCCCAGUCAGGGAUGUAUAUAAAAGAGUUCGUUAAUGGAGACAGAGGAAGAACUUUUCCAAACUUGAAACACUUCUUUGGGCAGGACACUUUCGUUAAUAUAUUAAACUUAGAUGUAUCAAGUUUUACGUACGAUUUAAAUGUCCAGUAG